AGGGUAACGUCAUACAAACCGGAAAAAGCCCUUUCCGGGAGCCGGGGUGUGAUUUCCGGCUCGCAGAAGAAAGUUGAGGUGGAGAGGUUUGCAGGUUCCUGGAUUUUAUAAAAUGGACAGUCAGGGAAGGAAAGUGGUGGUUUGUGACAAUGGAACCGGCUUUGUGAAGUGCGGUUAUGCAGGCUCCAACUUCCCUGAACACAUCUUCCCUGCCCUGGUGGGUAGGCCAAUCAUUCGCUCCACAGCCAAAGUGGGGAACAUCGAGAUUAAGGACCUGAUGGUGGGGGACGAGGCGAGCGAGCUGCGGUCCAUGCUGGAGGUGAACUACCCCAUGGAGAACGGGAUAGUCAGGAACUGGGACGACAUGAAGCACCUGUGGGACUACACCUUCGGGCCCGAGAAGCUCAACAUCGACUCGCGCAGCUGCAAGAUCCUCCUCACGGAGCCUCCCAUGAACCCCACCAAGAACCGCGAGAAGAUCAUCGAGGUGAUGUUUGAGAUGUAUCAGUUCUCAGGGGUUUAUAUUGCCAUCCAGGCUGUGCUGACACUCUACGCUCAAGGUCUCCUGACGGGCGUGGUGGUGGACUCGGGAGACGGAGUGACUCACAUCUGUCCUGUCUAUGAGGGUUUCUCUCUGCCGCACCUCACCCGGCGGCUGGACAUCGCAGGGAGAGACAUCACACGCUACCUCAUCAAGCUGCUGCUGCUGAGGGGCUACGCCUUCAACCACUCGGCGGACUUUGAGACGGUGCGCAUGAUGAAGGAGAAGCUGUGCUACGUGGGCUACAACAUCGAGCAGGAGCAGAAGCUGGCGCUGGAGACCACCGUGCUGGUGGAGUCCUACACGCUCCCAGACGGAAGAGUCAUCAAGGUCGGCGGGGAGAGGUUCGAGGCACCUGAAGCCCUGUUCCAGCCCCACCUCAUCAACGUAGAGGGGGUGGGUGUGGCCGAGCUGCUUUUCAACACCAUUCAGGCAGCUGACAUCGACACCAGGGCUGAAUUCUACAAACACAUCGUCCUGUCGGGGGGCUCCACCAUGUACCCCGGCCUGCCGUCCCGCCUGGAGCGGGAGCUGAAGCAGCUGUACCUGGAGCGCGUGCUGAAGGGGGACGUAGACAAGCUCUCGAAAUUCAAGAUCCGGAUCGAGGACCCGCCCCGGCGUAAGCACAUGGUGUUCCUGGGCGGGGCCGUGCUGGCCGACAUCAUGAAAGACAAGGACAACUUCUGGCUGACGCGCGAGGAGUACCAGGAGAAGGGCAUGCGCGUGCUGGAGAAGCUGGGAGUCACCGUCAGAUAAACCCCCCCCCCACGCCACCCACCGCUCCCUAUCCCUCCCUCCCUCUCUCUCUUCUGCUACCUGCUACCUUAGAGUCUCUCAUCCACAGGGGGGCGGGCGGGAGGGAGGGAGGGAGGGGGUGGGUGGGACUGGGAUGAGUGACAGUUCCUGUGUUAGGUGGAGUUCCCUCCUGUGCCAUUCCUCAGAAAGCAUUCUCUUUUGUGCCCGUGACUGGCGCAGAAUUUUUGGCCACCAAAAUCCAUUUCCAUUUUUUUCUGUUUCUGCAGAGACGGGCCUCGGCCUGUGCUGCCUGUAAAGGCCCUGCUUUGGCAAGCUGCUCGUUAUCAGUGUUUGACCCCCCACACCCCUGACUCCACCCCCAUUAUCCAUACAUUUCCUGGAGUCUACAGCAACAGGUGUGCUGCUCAGACUUGUUUGGGGUGGGGGGGUGGUGGGGGUUUGAGAGUGUUGGGCAGAGAUGGGCCAAGUGGGUUGUUUUUUCGGGGGGAGGAGGGGGGGCUUAGUUGUGGGAUUUGGUUUGUGACUGCAGGUCCAUCACCUCUGUGGCCUCAUGCCCUCAUAUUAUUGGCUUCACUGGCAUCAAAUCCAUUGAAAUUUCAAAUCCAACAACGACUUACCAUUCCAAACAAAGUAUUCAUCAGUUUCAGGGAGGAUGCUUUCAUUUUCUUUUGUCAUAAUCAUGAUAUUCUCUUUUUUGGGGGAAAAUAAAUGGGGUUUGCUUUUUUUUUUCUGUUGGAUGUCUAGUACUUUUUUAUUUUUUAUGUUUAUAACUUUUUUUCAGCGCUUUACUUUCGUAUUCUCUGGAGUAGAGAGCGAGAAUGUGUCGUCACGUCACUUUACCACCACCCUUUCACACAGAGCGUCAUCCUGUUCUGUUCAGAAGUGAUCAUGCGCUGCAGUGACCGGGCUGCCCUGACCUCCAGUCCGCCGAUGUUUUUCUUCAGGGCUCUGAAGGGGGGAAAUGAAAUGAUUGUAAUAUUAAUGAGACCUCGGUGUUGUUCGACAUGAAGAUAUUGUAAAAGGCGGUAUUGAAGUUUUCCGUUUUGGCUCUCAUGUGUAUAUUAGAGGCACUUCAUAUUCAGUACAUAUAUUUAGUUUCCCAUAAACAUUCCACGUCCAGUGCCAAGCGCAGUUAUUGUAGCCGGAUCUUUUUUUUUUGUUUUUUUUUUGUUCAUAGCAUAACUGCCUGAGGCUGAUUUAAAUAAAGGAAAGUGAUUUAUAAA